GAACCCAGCCGAACCCAGCCGAACCCAGCCGAGCCGAGCCCAGCCGAGCCCAGCCGAACCCAGCCCCGAGGGGCCGCCCGCCGGGAGCCGCCGCUCGGCUGCUGCCGAGCCCAGCCCGAAGCGCUUCCGAACCCUCGCCGAGCUGUGCCGAACCCUUCCGAGCCCCUCCGAAGCUCUCCUACCGGGGCCGUUACCGGGCCGUAGGGACCCCCCCACACACACUCUCUCCCUCCCUCCCGCCUCGCCUACGCCGCCUCCUCCUCUUCCUCCUCUCCUCCUCCUCCUCGCUUCCCCUCCGCCAUCCAGCGCAGUAAUUUUCCAAGCCCCGCUCGGCCUUUCCCGGAGGAGCUUCCCGCAGCACCGGCGGGGCCAUGGGGGACAAAGGCACCCGGGUGUUCAAGAAGGCGAGUCCCAAUGGCAAGCUCACUGUCUACCUGGGCAAGAGAGACUUCGUGGACCACAUCGACGUGGUGGACCCUGUGGAUGGAGUGGUGCUGGUGGACCCUGAGUACCUGAAGGAGAGGAAAGUGUUCGUGACGCUGACCUGCGCGUUCCGGUACGGGCGGGAGGACCUGGACGUGCUGGGCCUGACCUUCCGCAAGGACCUGUUCGUGGCCUCGGCGCAGCCCUUCCCGCCCGCGCCCGGCCCGUGCCCGCCGCACUCCCGCCUGCAGGAGCGGCUGCUGCGCAAGCUGGGCACCCAUGCCCACCCCUUCGCCUUCCAGAUCCCUCCCAACCUGCCCUGCUCAGUCACACUGCAGCCAGGCCCCGAGGACACUGGCAAGGCCUGUGGGGUGGACUAUGAGGUGAAAGCUUUCUGCGCCGAGAGCCUGGAUGAGAAGAUCCACAAGAGGAACUCGGUGCGCCUGGUGAUCCGCAAGGUGCAGUAUGCCCCCGAGCGGCCUGGCCCACAGCCCAUGGCAGAGACCACCAGGCAGUUCCUCAUGUCCGACAAGCCCCUGCACCUGGAGGCCUCCCUCGACAAGGAGAUCUACUACCACGGGGAGCCCAUCAGCGUCAACGUCCACGUCACCAACAACACCAACAAGACAGUCAAGAAGAUCAAGAUCUCAGUGCGGCAGUAUGCAGACAUUUGCCUCUUCAACACUGCCCAGUACAAGUGCCCUGUGGCCGUGGAGGAUGCCGAUGACCUGGUGGCACCCAGCUCCACCUUCUGCAAGGUCUAUACCCUCACCCCCUUCCUUGCCAACAACCGGGAGAAGAGAGGCCUGGCACUGGAUGGCAAACUCAAGCACGAGGACACCAACCUGGCAUCCAGCACCCUGCUGCGGGACGGUGCCAACAAGGAGGUCUUGGGCAUCAUUGUCUCCUACAAGGUCAAGGUCAAGCUGGUGGUGUCCCGAGGAGGGCUGCUGGGAGACCUCGCCUCCAGCGACGUGGCCCUGGAGCUGCCUUUCACCCUGAUGCAUCCCAAGCCGCGGGAGGAGGCAGCGCACAGGGACGCGCCCGAGAGCGAAGCUGCCAUAGACACCAACCUGAUCGAGCUGGACACCAACGAUGACGACAUCGUGUUCGAGGACUUCGCCAGGCAGCGCCUCAAGGGCAUGAAGGAGGAGAAGGAGGAGGAGGAGGAGAGGACGAACUCGCCCCAGCUGCACGACAGAUGAGAGCUGCCAGCCGGGCACCGCCCUCCUGCCAGCCCCGGGCACCUUCCUCCCGCCAGUCCCGGGCACCCCCACCCUGCCAGCCCCGGGCACCCCCACCCUGCCAGCCCCGGGCACCGCCCUCCUGCCAGCCCCGGGCACCUUCCUCCCGCCAGUCCCGGGCACCCCCACCCUGCCAGCCCCGGGCACCCCCACCUUGCCAGUCCCGGGCACCGCCCUCCUGCCAGCCCCAGGUACCUCCCUCCUGCCAGCCCCGGGCACCUCCCCCCUUGCCAGUCCCGGGCACC